AUGGUAAAAGAACUUAAGAGGAGGCAUAGGUUGAAUAUGUUAGGUUUGGUAGAGACUAAAAGACAGUUAGUGACAAAGUACGAUGUUAUGAAAAUCUGGGGGAAUGGUUGUGCAGGGUGGGAGUAUGUGGGGUCUGACGGUGCAUCUGGCGGGUUGUUGUUAAUGUGGGAUGAUGGGUUCUUUAAAAUGAGAAAUUGCUAUAAAGGUGAGCGAUGGUUAUGUGUUGAAGGGAUCCUGUUGGAGAACUCUAUUAACUGUGCUGUCUUCUUGAUUUAUGGUGCUCAUAAUAGAGAUGAGAAACUUGUUGUGUGGGAGGAGUUGAGUUACAUGGCUGGUUUGUGCCCAGGAACCUGUUGUUUCUUAGGAGACUUUAACGAGAUUACACAAGUGGAAGAAAGACGAGGCUCAGAUAGUUUACCUUUGUCGGCGCAAGACUGUAAAAAUUGGAAAAAUGACAUGGGCUUGGUGGACCUGCCGAUUACUGACCGAAAGUUUACAUGGUUCAGAGGACAGUCCUGUAGCCGUAUUGAUAGAGCUUUGGUUAGCUUAGAAUGGCUGGAGGCAUUCUCAGAGACUCGCUUGAGGGGUGGUCCACGGGGUCUGUCAGAUCACUGCCCUAUUAUAGUGGAAGAAAAGAGGCUAAGAGACGGACCGAGACCGUUCCGAAGUCUAGAUUCGUGGUUUACACAUCAAGGAUUCUUAAGAAUGGUCAAGGAGGAAUGGAGAGGGUUGGGAGAGCUACAGUUCACCGAUAAACUGAAGGCGUUGACGGUUCCUCUGCGAAGAUGGCAUAGAGACAACUUUGGUGAUAUGGACAACAAAAUUAUGAGGUUGGAGGAAGAGAUUCGGAAGAUUGAUGACAUGGUUAGUAAUGGGAACUAUGAUGGGACAGUGGAAGCAAGACGGAAGGCGCUAGUUACCUGCUGCGAAAAAUGGUAUGUGAGGAAAGAGCUACAUUGGAAGCAGAUGUCGAGGUCGAGGCAUGUGAGGGACAUGGAUAAAAAUACGAGAUAUUUCCACAACUUGGCUUCUGCGAGAAGGAGAAAUAAUAGGAUUGACUCUCUGCUUAUUAAUGGAAGAUUGGUAAGGAAUCAAGCGAGGAUAAAGAUUGCCAUUAGGGAGUUUUAUAAGGGCUUAUAUCAUCAAGAGAGAUCCCCUAUGGUGGGUUUUAGAGAUGGGCUGGUGAAAAGGAUUAGUGAGGAGGAUGCUCUUGCUUUAGAGAGGCCACCGUCACCUGAGGAGGUUAAAGAGGCAGUGUAG